GGCUGUUGGUUAGUGGAGACUUGUUGCACACUGAGCCAGUGGGGGCACCCUCUCCACCAUCUCUCCAACUCCACUUGGUUUUACCACAUCCUAUGUGACGUCACCACCCGUCUCUGUUUACCUGGCACGUCCACGUUAACGUAAGAGUUUACCGUUACGUUUUAUCGCUCAUAGGAGUCUUUUACAACACAUCCGCUUUCAAGAUGUUCGUCCAUUCGGAUGGCGGAGCUUUCACCGGGCUGUUUGUGCUCAGCGCCUCGCUGCUGCUUGUCUCGGGGGAGGAAGUGUGGGAGAGCCGCUCCGGGAUCCAGGAGCUCCGGAGAGCCCUGGCCGACCUGGCCGGGGAGGGGAGGACUUACCUGGGCAGGCUGGCCGGGGAGCAGACGCUGCUCUCGGUGCAGAAGGCUUUCUCUCAGGUCCUGGCGGUUGUGGCAGAAGCUGUGUCCGCAGCUCUGAACGUGCUCUUCCACAAUGUCUCACAUGUCCUGCAGGCUGCUGGAGUCCAAGGUGUCCCCGUCCCAAGAGUGUCCCCAGACGGGCUGAUCUUUGUGACCCAGUGGCUUAUCCUGGCUCUCAUUGGCUACUGGCUGAUCUCCCUUGUUUUCGGAUUGGUUGCCUCGGCUCUGAGGCGGGCUCUGUGGCUGCUGAAAGUAGGCGUGGCUUUGCUGUGUUUUGGCCUGAUUGUGAGCGACCGCAGCGUGGACGCAGACACCACCGCCAUCCGAUUGGCCGGCCUGGUGUGUGCCUGCGUACUAUUGGGCGUGGGGACGGGGCGGGGCUCCGUGGCGGCUGAUAGGACGGCUCAGCUGGAGCAACAGCUGAAGACCCUGGAGAGACGGCUCGGAGACAUGGAGCGGUGGAGCAGGACGGAGGAGUGACGGAGGGACUGAGACUAUGUUUGUCCUUUGUCUCCUAUGUCUGCCCCUCUCAUGCCACAUGAUGCCUUUAAGGACUUCUGGAACUUCACGAAAGAGGUUUCUACAGUUUGGAUCAUCCCUACCUGAUGACUAAGUGAUUCCUGGAAGCAGUGCUUUAUUAUUCUACAUAUUUUUAUACCGUUUCUCUCUUUUAAAUGGCACUUGGGCCACAGUGGGAAGGAAUGAGUCUUUCCGUCCACGUUCUAAGUGUCCUUUACAACAUUAAAGAAACAUUUGGGGACAACUCCUUCUACUCCUUCUGUUUCUCCAGUUAGAUGGUCUACGUGAUGCGCGGGUAUACCCACUAAGAAAUCUCCACGAUGUCCAUACACCCGCUUAAAAAUGAUACGCAAAAACCUAUUUGUGUGUACAUUUCACUACAGAUAUUUUUGUCAAGUGACAGCAAUCUAAUCUAACGCUGCAGGACAUGCAUCUUUCAUGGACAUGCUGCUCGCUGGGUAGCGUGGAGGUAGGCUACGUAGCGACCAGUAGCCUAGCCUCCAUUCACCGCACGUUUAAGACAAAUAGAAGUGGCCUCUGUUAUUUCGUCCUCAUGCUUUGGGGUCAGCUUUUGUGAUCCAGGGUCAGGUCCCUGAUGUGUGUGUGUGUGUGUGUGUGUGUGUGUGUGUAUACAUAUCACACACAUGCUGUAUAUUUAUGGCAUACUCAGCUAAAAUAUAGCUUAGCCUUUAAAACGUUAGUGCCUUAUUUCACAUGAAAUAGGCAUUUUUUUAAUAUCAAAACAUCACUUAUGUUUUAUUAACAUUAUCCAGAAAAACACUUGAUUUUUGGACAUGGUGCACCAGUGACUGGAAAAAGCCAAAUACCAACAUUUUUUAGGAGAGAAUUACUAAACUCUCCAGAUGAUUGGGGGGGGGGGGUCCUCCAAAAUCUUCUUUAUGAUGUAAGAUCCUGUUACAUGACUAGGUAAAUGCAUUGUGGGUAAUGUAUGCAUUUGAACGUCUAGUACCCAGGAGGGACAUUGGGGAAAUCCAAAAGUAUUUCUUGCGUAAAAUAGUAAAUAAGCUCCGCUUUGGUGUUUUAUUUUUAGGUAUAAUUGCGUAACCUACAACAUUAUGCCCAAGUAGAAAAAUAAUGCUUUUAUAAAUUCGUUUGAUAUUUGUGUCACAUUUCUAUCCUUAGAUUUUAAGUUGUUACUCAGAAGGGUCAGUUUGGUCAAUGGCUCUUAAAAUCUUUUAUUUCUUGCAUUAAAUACUCAUACAAGUGAGUAAAGAAGGGAGAGUAAAGCUACAGUAUAUAAUGGACUAUUUUACGUUUAAAUUAACAUUAUGAAUAUGCUUAGACAUGCAACGUCUUUGACCUUUAUAUCAUUUGUUACAUUUACAUAAAACAAUCAAAGAAAAUCCCAUUAAACAUUAUCAUCAGAUAUUAGACACAAAGGUAAAAAGCAGCCUUGGCUUGCUCUUCAGAAUGGGGUUGUCCCAGUUUAUGUGACUCUAAAAACCCAGUUGCCCAGACACCAGAUGCAGGACCCAGAGGGAGUCCCGCUGCUCUAAGACCCUCUACGUGUACAUCUAGGCCGUGGAGAUCAGGCUCCACCGUAUUUACACACCUCCAGAAACCCAAUGAAAGACUCCGU